GUGGUGGUGGGAAUAAGGUGUUGUGGGUGCGUGAAGGCUGAGGCGUGAGACUGGAAACUGAAAAGGGGUACAAUUUCCAGUGUGGAACGACAAAAGGGAGCAUGGAAUGGCAAAACCUAGGAGACAGCGGCAAAGUGACCACGGUGGUGGCCACACCUGGCCAAGGCCCAGAUCGCCCCCAAGAAGUCUCAUACUCUGAUAUCAAGGUCAUCGGCAAUGGGUCAUUUGGGGUCGUCUACCAGGCCCGACUUGUGGACUCUGGGGAGCUGGUGGCUAUCAAGAAGGUGCUGCAAGAUAAACGUUUCAAGAACCGUGAGCUGCAGAUCAUGAGGAAGCUGGAUCAUUGCAAUAUUGUUCGCCUGCGGUAUUUCUUCUACUCAAAUGGGGAAAAGAAGGAUGAGGUUUAUCUUAAUUUAGUCCUGGACUUUGUGCCCGAGACGGUCUAUCGUGUGGCCCGCCAUUUCACCAAAGCCAAACAGACCAUCCCUAUCAUCUAUGUGAAGGUGUAUAUGUACCAGCUGUUCCGCAGUCUGGCUUAUAUCCAUUCUCAAGGCGUGUGUCAUCGCGACAUCAAACCCCAGAACCUGCUGGUGGACCCCGAUACAGCAGUAUUGAAGCUUUGUGACUUUGGCAGUGCAAAGCAGCUGGUGCGGGGAGAACCCAACGUCUCCUACAUCUGCUCUCGCUACUAUCGUGCUCCCGAGCUCAUCUUUGGGGCCACCGACUACACCUCAAACAUAGAUAUCUGGUCUGCUGGCUGUGUGCUGGCAGAACUGCUGCUAGGGCAGCCCAUAUUUCCUGGAGACAGUGGGGUGGACCAGCUGGUGGAGAUCAUCAAGGUUCUGGGGACCCCAACACGAGAACAGAUCCGAGAGAUGAAUCCUAACUACACAGAGUUCAAAUUCCCCCAGAUCAAAGCACAUCCUUGGAUAAAGGUGUUCAAACCUCGCACGCCGCUGGAGGCCAUCUCGCUGUGCAGCCGGCUGCUGGAGUACACGCCCGCCACUCGCCUCUCCCCGCUCGAAGCCUGCGCCAACAGCUUCUUUGACGAGCUCCGUGAGCCUAACACUCGGCUGCCGAACGGCCGUGACUUGCCCCCGCUUUUCAACUUCAGCCCUGUGGAGCUCUCCAUUGAGCCAGCGUUGAAUUCCAGCCUCAUUCCACCACACAUUCGGUCCCAAGCGAGCUCCAUGGGAUCCCUGCCUGGCCCCACGACUGCGCACAGUGAUGGAAGAAUGGGAACGGACAGGAGCCAGGUGACACAAGCAGACGGCGCCGGACCCAUCACUAACACGUCCUGAGGGGCCGCUCGGCCGGGGGGCAGGUCCCCCUCCACUACCCCCUACCCCCCAGGCCACCCACACGGACUUUUACGAACUGUGAAUGGUGGGGGGGGAACGCAUCUGUGGUCUGGGGGGGGACCAUGUGGAGCCUGCCUCCCAUUGGCCAAGGGGGAGGCCAGUUGGAGAUGAAAUGGCCCCUUGGAGGGGAGAAGGGGAACUCCCCGUCUCCCCAAAUCACUUGCAUUUCCCUCCCGUGUUGUCCCUUGAUGCCUCGGCAUGGGGAGAGGGCAGAAAAAAAAUCCCGUGGCUUAAGGGCUCCCUUUUUCAAAAGUGGUUCAGGUUGGUGCCUCCGGGAAGGGGGCGGGGAAGAGGCUUGAGAGCUG